AUGAACGGGGAAAUUUCCAACCAGAAAGAGCCUCAGAGCGCAAAAAACGGACGUUUUAUGGAUAAACCGUGGUUUCAACAGGCUUACCAGAUGGCGAAGGACUUUUACGCGAAAGACGAAGCCCUGGAUCCAAAGGAUAGAUUGGAGCUAUCGAAGAUGUAUGUGGGAAUCUCCAGGGCUCAGCUCUGGGGCGGGUGGGUCGGUUUCGCGGUGGUUUUUGGAGGGCCAUUUGGCUACCAAUGGCACCGAACAGGCGCGAUCAAAGGCGUCAAAGUGCCUCGCAACUUCGUCCUUGGGCUGGUAGCAAUGGCUCUGAGCGCACAUGGCUGUGGACGGGUCCGGUACAAUGCGCAGGUGGCGCGGCUGGCUCCGCUAGCACAAACAUCCGAAUGGGACAACGAAGUGGAACAGCCCGCGGCGCCACAGAGCCGAGAGACGAGACAGUACGAGAUGCUUAAAUUGCUUGGGUACGGGAUGGCACCCCGUUGGGGCCACUAUUUCUACUCCACGUACACAAACCCGGAGCGUCGAUUGCCCAACCCGAGCACACUGCUGAAAAAAAUGCAAAGCGGCGAACAGCAGCCACAAGUGUCGCCGUUUUUGAACCAGCGUGAUCCCAUGGGGCUAUACUCGGGUCCUGGCCAUGACAAGAAAGAGGGUAUAACACCACAUCGUGAACCGACGGAUUUGGGGGAGUCCCGGUCCUCGUGGGAUAAGGUGCGCGUCCAGAGCGGGGUAAAUAGCAGCAACAGUGGUAGUGGGUGGGACCAGCUUCGAAUGCGACCACAGGACGGCCCGGAUGCUGACGAUGCUGACGAUACUGACGAAUUUAACGAAUUGAUGGAGCGCGAGAGGCGUGGCGAAGACACCAUUUGA